ACGCGCCUGCAGCACCACGAGAGUGGCAAAAGCAUUGCGAAGGGUCGGGCUACUGAUGGCUCAAUGUCACGGAGUUUUUCCAGCAAACCUAAAGCGAUGGACCACUGUUAAAUCACCGAUGUCGUUAGAUUUGGAUAUAUAUUGAAUAGUCUUCAGUAAGAUCCACUGAUCCACCAUGUCCAUCCAGAUUUGUGGAGUGGUGAAGCUGCUUAUGCGCUCCGGUUGCUGCCAGACCAUCAGAAGUAGGUCCUGUUUGCACAAACCAGUGUUGGCACCUCAUUCUGACCUUGUGGUCCCCGGGGCUCCUGUGCUUCAUAGAAGGGCCUACAGCCUAGACUCUCUCUCUUCGGGUCCUGGCCGACCCACACUUGGUUCAAGCUCUCAGCAGCCCCGAACGGAAAGGACAUCCCCAUCCUCAGCGCUCACACACAGGAACCUGUCUGCUGUGGCUGUACAGGGCCAGUGUCGUCCUCUGUGCCGGUAUGACUUCCUGGACCUUGGUGAGGUAGAGGAUAAUGUACGCCGUGCUCAGGCCUGUAAAGCAAUGCGAUACUUCAUAGUGGACCCAGAUCUGGCUAAACUGGUAGUACAGCGUCUAGAACCAGAGGAUCCUAAAACUGUUAUCUUCGAAUGUAACCCAGGUCCUGGAGUGUUGACUAGGUCACUACUAAAUGCUGGAGCUCAGAGAGUUGUGGCUCUUGAAGGGCAUAGAUCCUUCUUACAUGAUCUACAGGAGUUGGAAGGUCAACUCGAUGGUCAGCUGGAAGUGGUACACUGUGACUACUUUAAACUAGACCCUAUUGGCAUUGGACAAGUUAGACCGCCCGCCAUGUUCACUGACAAACUGUUCACUCACCUUGGAAUAUCAGAGGCGAGCUGGACUGAUGACAUCCCAGUGAAGGUAGUGGGUAUCCUGCCCCUGCGUAAUGAGCGUGGACGGCUACUGAAGAUGGUGUACGCUUUAUAUCAAAGGCUGUCUGUCUACAGAUAUGGAAGAAUAGAGCUCAACCUCUUCAUGAGUGAGAAGGAGUACCUGAAACUAGUUGCACGUCCAGGACAAAUGAUGUUCUACAGAGCCUUCAGUGUCCUCUGGCAGAUGGCCUGUGAUAUCGAACUACUACACAAGGAGCCCUGGCAGUCAUUUGUGAGGUCUUCAAAACUGGGUCCACCUAGUCCUAAGGGAUUGCUUCCCAAUGACAAUCUGUGCCUGGUGCGUAUGCGUCCACGGGCUGAUCUGUUCUCUGCUGGCCUCACUCCUUCUAAUGCUUCUACUCUGCUGAUAAUGGUCAAACAGUGUCUGGCAAAGAGGAAGGUCAAGCUCAUUGACAGGCUCAAUCUGUGGUCUCCAGAUAGUGGGAGUAAGCUGUUAUCGGAGAUGAGCAUGCCGCAGGACAUACUGACAGGCCACGUAUAUCCAGAGGAAUAUCUUCGACUGUUCCAGCUGAUGGACAAGAGUCAGGAGUUCACACAGAGCUGGCUUUAUGAAGAGAUUCUAGAGAACACAGAGAGGGAGGGUUGGAGCUAAAAUAUAAUCUUACAGGUCAUGUGUAUAGUUUUAUAGAAAUUAAAUGCAAAAGUAAACAAAAAAAAACAUGUAAAAAAAUAAUAAUUUAAUAUAAGAAUAUAAUGUCUGAUGAAGUUAAACAAGUAGAAAUGGAAGACGUGCAUGCAUGCAUACAUACAGAAUCACAAAAUACAGCAAUAAGUAAAAUGUUCACGAAAUGGACACAGAAGAAUUACUUGACAUACUUUUGUUACUGACAUAAUCUACUUGUGUAGGGAGUGACUGAGUGAUGAAAAUGUGACUUGCUAUACUCUGGUGCAAUGGUGAAAUGAGUUUAAAUGACCCUCUGUAUUGUGCUGAAUUGGGAUUCUCAUGAGGUGAAAUUUAAGACAAAAUCUUAAAUAAUAAUGGGUUUUUGGGGGGCCCUCGUUGAGAUUUGUUGGCUUGCCAUUGAGAGAAAAAUGUUUUUUGCACUGAAAAGAUUUGAAAUUGUUGCGAAAUAAAGGUCUGAUAGUUACCAUGUAGAAGAAAAUCUCCAUUUAAAGAUGAGCAGCAUGUCUAAAGGGGCUGAAAAAAGCCUCAUGUAUGCACCAGGUCAUGCAAAUUAAAAUCAGAAAUCUACAUGUACUGAAAUGAUUGAUAAAACCACAAUUUUGUUUAUGCAGCAUACUGUGACAGCAGUAUUGCAACACAACCUUGGAUGUAUCCCAAUUUGCAUAAUUUUCCCAUUCCAGAGUGGCAGUGCUGGAAGAAGAGUUUUUCACUGUAUAGCAUCAAGUCUUGUAUAUUUUUGUACAUGCAUUGUGUGUUCAUAAGCUUUAAAUGAAAUGUGUCUUAUUGAUUUUGAAAGCUGUGUGUGAGAUAUGAUUUUUAAAGAAAUGAUUAAAUCAUAAUUUUAAUAUGGA